AUGCAUCAACAUCCAAGAUCAGCCCCGGCGACAGCUUCGCCAGCAAACGCAGAACAGACCAACCCUAUACGUCCUAACAAUCCGAGGGACAGGACACCAUCGACCCAAGCAUCGGGCUCAAGCGAAGACUUUGCUGCUUCUCGGGAACCCGACAAUUCGGCCUCGAUGCAACGGCUAAACCAGGUCAUCCAAAACUUCCACACUAAAGCCGCCCUGAUCAUCUUACACUCAAGGGCCGAGCUGUCUCCUGCCUACUCCUCGAAAACAAACGAAAUCAGGGUGAACAAGUGGUUUAAUAUCGAGCUAGACGAGACGGAUGACUAUCUAGACGAAAUCAGGAGAUGGAAAAGGAUAGACGUGUUGCAAGAGAGACCUUCCCCUUUAGUUCUCGAAAUCUACCUUACUACCGAUGUCUUGUCUCAGGGACAACGGUUGGUCAUUCUGGACGAUGAUCAGAAGAGAUGGGACGUUUACAAAGCCCUGGAGCCCAAGAGUGACAGAAACACUGGUCGUGCAGAGAAAAAUAGAGAGAUAUUACUGGAAAGAUGGACUAUUGAGCUCGGGAAAUCCUCACAGCCAAUGCCAACCGACCUUGCUGUUGUCCUGCCUCAUGUCUACAAGAAGAGCAUAGUCCUGUUUCGCACCCUCUACACCUACUGUAAUCUAUUACCAACUUGGAAGCUGAUUCGGAAGCUUGGCAAAAAUCGUUCGACCAUGGGCAUGAAAGUAAACUUCCGCAUUGUCGAUGGAAACCAGCUGGAUAGUAUUGCAAGAGCAGACAAUCUAAAAGCUCCACUCUGCGGUGAAAGUUCAGAUGUCCUGUCCGAGUACUCGUUCGGUUCGACUGACUCACCUGCGGGACCCUUCUCCAUUCACCUCGCUUAUCGCACAAAUUGUGACUUUAGGAUAGACGAUUCUGAAGAACUGCUAAGUUCGAGGUUUAUUGGCGCCGACGACGAUAUCUUCAAGUCACGCGAUGACCCUGCUCAUAAGGUGGGCUCAUUACCCAGCGACCAACGCAAAAACCUGACCGAAAGACCUGAGCUUGGCCACGCUUACGGAAGUCUCUCGACUUUUCAUCAGGUCGGCUUCGAGCCAGGUACAAGUCCCAUGUCCACCCUACGUGCACAGAAAGAUUAUGGUAGUGACUCUCCAAGCCCGCAGAGACCACUCCCACAGCAAGCGCAAACAUCAAGGCCAAUCGCAUCCAGGACAAAUACAGGAAGGAGAAGCUCGUUUUCCAUGAACCCGUUUAAAGCACCCACCCUCUCUGCGUCCCCUAUGAGCUCUUCUCCUUUGGCAGCUUCUCCACGACCCUCCACAAAAGCAGUGCCUACCUUGGGAUCGUUGAAAGAGGAAAUAAUACCUGAGCCUACACGAAGCGUACCCAUAAGAAAUACGUCGGAGAAGCCCUCAUCUACGUCGAGCUCUCCAAAACCAGCUCCGAUGCAGAGGUUUCAAAGUAGUUUUGGUCAUCGCAAGAACAGGUUGUCAGUCGACCGAACCGCGAACAAGACAGACGAGGAUCAGACAAGUAGUGGGAGGGCUAGUACAGCAUCUUCAGGACAACCUGGCUCAACGUUGAUGGCAGAUGCCCCUGGCGAUGGCAGUUCAGGCUCAAUGCAAGAGGACGACGAGAACAUCUCCGACUUCUUAAAAAUGUUAGAUCAGAAGAAGGACUUGCUGAAUCCUGCUUCUAGUGGUGCUUUAGAGUCUUCGGCUCGCAGGACUGCAGCUGCUUUGAACAGAUUCCACAAAAUGCGUGAUUCCAACGCUGCAUUAUCCGAAUCCAUGUCUUCUUCUCUCGUCGUGCCUAAACCAUCUACCCCUUCGAGUCGGCAUUCACCUACGCAAGCCGGUAUCUCGACCUCGUCUUCUCCAGGCACCAAACCAAUCUCGCCACAUACUCCCCACACGCCGUUCGCUCCGUCACGGUUGAGCGCGGCUUACAGUCAUGACGAUCCAGAAUUGCAACAAACAACUUCACCCAUGGAGGAAAAGCUGCCACCAAUAUCAGAUGCCCCUGGUGCUAUCGACAUACCGAGUUCUCCUCGACCAUUCGUCCCCGGGUACCGACGAUCCAGCUCGGCGCAAAGGCGACCUCUAUCGUCAGACGAUGAUAUUGCUGAUCUGUAUGGUAUGCGGAGUGCUAGUAUGGGCGCUAAGGCCAGACAGCAGCCUUCGUUUGCCGAAGAGUCUAGGCCACCCAACCCUCAAGAGCGUGAGAAUACAAAGUCCGAGACCCGUGCCCCAGGUCAGGAUGGGGCGAUCUCAGAUUCAGGUUCAGGAAGGUCAUCCCUACCGACUGCUUAUAGAUCUAGUUUCGCCAGACGUGGUACUAACAGAGGUGGGUCACAUGCUUCUCCCACUCAGGGCUCUGUAUCGAGUAUCGGAGCGACGGGUGCAAGUGUCGAGAGGACAGGAGAUAGUCCGUCAGUCAGCGGUAGUUGGGGAAGAGGUGGAAGGCCACAAGGCCCGGUAAGACCAGAAGGAAGGCCUGGCGAGGACGAUGACGAGCUACCAUUCGUGUUCGAUGCAAGUACAUUCAUGUCGAAUAGAGGAGACAACAGACGAGAAAAAGGUGAAUAG